AUGAUUUCAGCAUUGAGGAGUUUGACCACUAAGAGAACAUUUCAUACUACUCGGUGUGUAGCAUCAUCUGGGCCAGACCUUAGAUCAGCUCUAAAGGAACUUAUUCCAGCUAGAAAGCAGGAAUUACUCGAGAUCAAAAAAAAUCAUAGUGAUGUGAAAGUAGGUGAUAUAACUGUUGGUUCCGUCAUCGGUGGUAUGAGAGGCAAUAGUUCCAUGUUUUGGCAAAGUACUUCUUUGGAUCCUGAAGAAGGGAUCAGAUUCCAGGGUAAGACUAUUCAGGAAUGCCAAGCUUUACUCCCCUCAGACCCAGAGGAACAUGACGCCAAGAAAAGUUUCUUGCCUGAAUCAAUGCUAUGGCUUCUUAUGACUGGAGAUAUCCCUUCGGAAACACAAGCGGCUAAUUUGACAAGGGAACUGGCUUCCAGAGGGCGUACUAUUCCUAAAAAUACAAACAAACUUAUGGAGAAUUUGCCCCGCGAUAUGCAUCCCAUGACCCAAUUAGCUAUUGGUCUGGCCUCGAUGAAUCAAAGCUCUCAGUUUGCGAAGAGAUAUGAACAAGGUGCUUUGAGUAAAACUGAUUACUGGGAAUAUACCUUAGACGAUGCUUUAAAUUUGAUUGCCGCUUUGCCAGCGCUAUCUGGCAAGAUAUACAGCAAUAUUGUCAAUGAUGGCAAGCCUCUAGGUGAAUUUAGGGAGGAUCGGGACUGGAGCUAUAAUAUUUCAUCGUUAUUGGGAAUGACUACUAAAGACUCUUGCAACAGACAGAAUUUAUCUGAAGAGCAGGCAAAUGAUUUCGUAAAUCUCAUGAGGUUGUACACAGGAAUCCAUGUAGAUCAUGAAGGAGGGAAUGUCUCUGCGCAUACAACUCAUUUAGUUGGCAGUGCCCUGGGAGACCCAUUUUUAUCUUACUCCUCGGGUAUCAUGGGUUUAGCGGGUCCAUUGCAUGGCCUGGCUGCGCAGGAAGUUGUUCGAUUUUUGAUCGAAAUGAACUCCGAAAUAUCCUCUGAGACUAGCACGGAUGAGAUUGAGAAAUAUUUGUGGAAACUCCUAGACUCUAAACGAGUUGUUCCCGGAUAUGGUCAUGCAGUGUUAAGAAAGCCAGACCCUAGAUUUACUGCGAUGCUUGAGUUUGCUGAAGCUAGACCUCAGGAAUUUGAAAAAGAUAAAAAUGUUAAACUGAUGCAGAUACUUUCAAAAAUCGCUCCUGAAGUGCUUAAGAAGCAUGGCAAGACUAAAAAUCCCUAUCCAAACGUAGAUUCUGCGUCUGGCAUUCUAUUUUACCAUUACGGGAUCCAAGAAAUGCUUUUCUUCACCGUUAUAUUUGGUUGCUCGAGAUCAAUGGGACCCAUGACACAAUUGGUAUGGGAUAGAAUCUUUGGCUUGCCCAUCGAAAGGCCCAAGAGUUUAGACAUGAACGCGCUCAAAUCAUUGUGCCAUAUGUCAUAG